AUGGCGCUGGCAGGCUCGCCGUCUCACGAAGCUCGGCUCAUAGCACCGCUGCCGGUACGAUCCAGGAGCAACCGUGGAGAGAAUGUAAGCGCACAAAGUCCUGCGGCCUCAACUGGAUCGUCUCCAGUGCUUCCGUUUUUGACACCCCAAUGUACGCCAUCGCCAAGCGUAUCCUAUCAUAACUACACAUCCAGCCCUCCAAGUCUACUGAAUCCAUCGCCUCUUUCCGGAGAAAACCAGCAUCUUUUAAUUCAGCAGUUCGGCCAGGAUUCAUCCACUCCGCGGUCCAAUUCCACGUCAUUCACGUUUCGGCAGUUUUACAACAUCUCACCCGCGCCGGCAACGCAAUCGGUAUGCACAGGCUCUCCGCGCCUUGGUACACCGCUAUCACAGCCAACCUCACCGCCCGUAUUGGGAUCCUUCUCAACGCGCGGUAACCCAUACCAGCAACGGUACAUAUCGUUUUCGGACGAGAAGAUCCCGAUUAACAGUGAGGAGACACUUGCUCAACCAGUGUCUACAUCCGGAUCCAACCACUUUGUACCUGAGUUGGUCAGUCUUGCGUCUCCAGGUCGUUCGAAGGCUCAGCCGACUUUGCUGGGCUGUCAAGCUCUCGGUCCAAGCUGCAGUCCAAGUCCGGGUCCGAGCACAAAGCUCACCGCGUCGGCUGCCCACGAGAAUCACAGACCGGUCCCCUACGACAUCAAAGAUGAAACUGCUCCAGUGGAACCAUUCUAUACCCCCGCUUUUCAAUCAGCACUUCAACGGGGCAUACGCAUAGCCAAGGAGGUAGCAGAUGUCACUGCGAGUCCCGAUCAAUUCACGAGGGUAGGGCCGGACUUGCACCGACUAUGGACAGACGCUGUGGAACUGAGUAAGUUUCGGACAUCCGAGACAAGGACUGUUGCCGUGUUGGGUAAUUCUGGUGCAGGUAAGAGUAGCCUCAUCAACUCUCUUCUGGACUAUGCAGAAAUCGCACACACAGGAGAUGAUGGGGCUGCCUGCACUUCAGUCGUCACUGAGUACAGGCAGAAGACUGAUAUCCACUCCGCGCCGAUCACCAUUGAAGUGGAGCGCAUGUCCGGGCAAGAGAUUGACAACCUUGUCGAAGUGCUAGUAUGGAACUACCGCCGACUAUAUCUGCCAGGCUUGGAGAAUGAGACGGUGAGCGCAGAAGAUUACAAACAUUAUCAGAAAGAAUCGGAGCGUGCUUGGUCAUGGCUUGAACCCGCAUUCAAACACCGUCAAGAGUUUAAUGAGACUUUUCUCAGAAAUAUGUCGGAAGGGGCGCUUGAAGAAAUUAUUGAUCGCUUGAAGAAAUGGGCCAAGAAUUUGGACUGGCGUGACGGGGAGAACCCCAACAAUUGCGUACAGACGUCAACUGCGGCAACGGCAGCUGAAUGCUGCGACAUAACGGCAGCGUUCAUGCAAGACAGGCUUUGGCCAUUUACAAAGAUCAUCCGUCUUUAUCUGAGUGCUCAAGUGCUGAAGACCGGGAUCGUACUCGCGGACCUACCAGGCCUACAGGAUACUAACCUUGCGAGAGUAAAGAUGACUGAGGAGUAUCUGUUGAAGUGCGACCACAUCUUCAUAGUUGCGGAGAUAGCUCGGGCGGUGACCGACCAAUCCUUGAAGUCUUCGGUCUACGAUGUCUUAGCCCAGCGCGUACCAAUGGAAUGGGAAGCCGCUGCAGGGAAAUAUUUGAAUUUUGCAAUCGUGUGCACAAACUCAGACAAAAUCAAUGAGAAAACGGCGAGGAGAGACUACUGCGGGGCUGGCAAACGUAUCCAGCAAGCGGUGAUGGACAGUCUUGAUGUCGAGAUUCAAGCGGCCAGGAAUGCCAACAAUCUGAGCCUCACCGAGAGGUUGCAACGGAGACAAAAGUUCCUCCUGGUAGAUGCUAGGAACGAGCGUGUCAAGGAUGGCCUUCAAGAGGGCUACCGUACCAAAGUUCCCGGAGGCAUGCUAGAGGUUUUCUGUGUUUCUAAUACCACUUACGAGAAAUAUUCCGCGGAAGGUGUUGUCGAUAUGGUCAACGCAAGUGGCAUUCCUGAGCUUCGCCGCUUUUGUUACUCCGUCACCGCAGAAGCACAGUUCCUCGAGGCCAAGCAUUUCCUUCAGUCGAGGCUCUCCAGUAUGCUGAGCUCCAUCCAGCUCUGGACAACCCGCUGCCCUGAUGGUUCAGUUAAUCAGCUUCAGGAAUACAUUCCGGAAUCGGGUUUACCAGUGGACUGGUGUGUUGCUCUCCGUGAUUCUACUAGAACAAUCUCUGAAACACGGACAGAAAAUCGAGCCACAUUCUGGGAAGACGCUGCCAAGGACAAGGGCUUGGAAUGGUUUUCGGUAUGCAGUUACAGCUCCAAAAGCCGGAAAUGGAGACACUCGUUGACAAAAUCGCAGUGGCAUCAGUCUCAAUACAAUGCAUGGUGCCAGAACAACGGUAACCAUAGCACGGACAAACUUGACCAUGUCUGCUGGAAUGCCGAACUCAUCUGGAAGAUGAGAAUGGAGCUUGACCUCGAGUGGGACAUAUUGGAAGAAGAGAUCCCUGACAUAUUCGACGACCUUCUACAAGCUAUCAAGGGCCAUACUAACUUAGCGCGAAUAGGACUGAGGCUUGAUCCAGCAUUGCAUCAAAGCAUAGAUUCCAGGAUCAGAGAUAUCGAGUACAGGUUUGGCCUGACGAGGCGGGAGUUUGGUCGAGGGAUCAGGACCAUUCGACGUAACGCGUCUGAAGAUAACGAAUGCUCAUAUAUGUUGAAAGAGAUGAUGCCUGCCUACCGCGACGCCAGUCGCCAGAUCGGGACGGGGAGGACCCGCCGACAGCAGAACAUAGUGCAAGGCCGCAUAACGAAUGGAGACCUAUUCCACAAUAUCUCCGAGUCGAUCGACAAUCACAUGAGUGGAUUGAUCGAGAACACCUUCGAGAAGCUUGAAGAGAAGGUCCAAGUCCUGCUGGUCCUUGUCCGCGCGGAUCUGAACAUGGCGGCUGGAGGCGAAGCCCGCCCCACUGAGCAUGAGACUGAUGGUCAGGUCUCUGAAGCGUGCCGACUGCGGCUGGCUGAGCAUUCUCCGAGAUGGAGGGCACAUCAUCAGCAACUGCUUAAGGAUAUCGCGUCGAUGAUCUGA